UGUGUGUUUCUCCCUGGACUGACAAUCUCUUGAGAUGUGACUGAUCACUUGUGACAAGUGACGAGAACCGAGAUUAGUAGGCUAUUACCUCAAUCGCAGUGGUUCUCUUGCAUGUGACAAAGACACGUACUGAGCACAUCAUUUUGUAGAGAUUCUGCAUAGCUUUCUAACUAGAAAACAAACACCUCCUGAAAAAUCUGAGAGUACAUCCUUAACAGCAUGACAAUGUUGGAAUCUGCCUUGAUUUUUUUGACGGUAGGUAAAUGAAAGCCUCACGGUGCCCAUUAGCGGGUGCGCCAGAUGAUUGGUACAGGAUGGAAGUCCCACGAGAGCGCGCCACGUGACCAGCUCCGCCGCGAGACGUCAGUGGCAGAUGGCACGGGUACCCGCGCUGGCAGUUGGCACGGGUGUCACUUUUCUCACAGCGAAAGAGAGAGAGAGACGGAGAGUGAGAGGAGAGUGAAAACGAGAUUAAAGGAAUUCUAAGAGGCUCACAGCAGACACAUGGAAGGCGCAUGGUGCUGAGGCUGAGUGGAAUUUUUGGAACAUGCAAACUAAAUAUUAAGAGAAAAAGCAGGGACAAUGUUGACCGCACCACCAGAUGAGCCAGACGCACUGCGUGAGCCUCAGUUUGGAGCAAGCUUUCCACGUCCAAGCGUCCAUGACAGCCAUAGACAAGAGAAACAAGAUCAUCGCAGACAACGGUUUGACAAUUUGGAUCUGCACGAAGAAAGCUCAGACAGGGAUGAAGAAGAAGAGAGAAAUGAAGAACAAGAUGAAGAGCAGGACGAGGGUGGCCUGAGCAAAAGGCGCACUCCGAGAAGACGCCAGUCAGGUGCCAGCUCAGACAGGGCCCGACUGCGGCGCCAUGAGGCAAAUGCACGUGAACGGAGUCGCAUGCAUGGCUUGAACAGUGCGCUGGAAAGCCUGCGCAAGGUCGUGCCAUGUUACUCGAGUGCUCAGAAGCUGUCCAAGAUAGAAACCCUGCGUCUGGCCAAGAACUACAUCCGGGCCUUGUCGGAAACGCUCAGUUCUGGCACGCGGCCUGACCUUGUGGCGUUUGCAAGAACCCUGUGCAAAGGUCUUUCUCAACCCACCACCAACUUGGUUGCAGGGUGCCUGCAGCUCAACGCGGGACGUUUCCUCGCCAGUCCGGGUGAUGUUUCACCUCCGUGUGAUGCUCCCUACGCGUACGCAAAUGCAGAAACGAGCCGUGCAGACGCCACCAAACACUUCCGCUCUUUCUCCUACUGCAACAUGUAUGACUCCUAUUACAACAGCGCUUCUCCGGACAGCCAGCUCAGCCCGCCGCUGAACUAUAACGGCAUGUUCUCAUUUCAGAAACCCGACGAGCAGACGGAGUGCGUCGCGAGCUGCCGGUACGGCGCGACAUGCUGCGGCGCACCGGGACGCGCUUCCAUCAGCCGUCCCUCUGCCUACACAGCGUCCACUGACAGCCACUUUCCAAACGAGCUGCGCAUGCGUAAUCAGCCCUUCCAAACCCAGGAACAAUUGAACGCGGGGUACCAUAAUUAAAGCAAAGGUGAAAGCACUGAACAGCGAGACGGAAACUAGUUCAUUUUCCCUAUAACGUGUCUUAAUAUAUUUAUUAUUUAUUAUUUAUUGCCUGGUUUUACUACAUAGUUUA